UCUACCUGCUGCAAAACUGUUUGUUGCCGAACAACUUGUUGUGAGCAGACCUGCUGUGUGCCUAGCUGCUGUCAAACUUGCUGCCAACCAUGCUGCUGUGACUCUAGCUGUUGCCAGCCUUUAUGCUGUCAACCAGCUUGCUGCAGAACAUUCUGCUGCCAGACUCGCUGCUGCAGGCCUGCCUGUUGUGUCUCCAGCUGCUGCCAUCCCAGCUGCUGUGCUCCCACCUGUUGCCAGCCAACAUGCUGCAAGACAGUCUGCUGUAGAACAACCUGUUGCAAGCCAUCUUGCUGCAUGUCCAUCUGCUGCCAGCCUUCAUGUUGCCAACCUACCUGCUGCAGAACAGUUUGCUGCCGAACAACUUGUUGUGAGCAGACCUGCUGUGUGCCCAGCUGUUGUAAAACUUGCUGCCAACCGUGCUUCUGUGACUCUAGCUGUUGCCAGCCUUCAUGCUGUCAACCAGUAUGCUGCAGAACAUUCUGGUGCCAGACUCCCUGCUGCAGGCCUGUCUGUUGUGUCUCCAGCUGUUGCCAUCCAUCCUGCUGUUGAUCCAGUUGCUGCCAACCUUGCUGCCAGCCAUGCUGCUAUGACUCUAGCUGUUGCCAGCCUUCAUGCUGUCAACCAGCUUGCUGCAGAACAUUCUGGUUCUAGAUGCCCUGCUGCAGGCCUUCCUGUUGUG